CAAGGUGAUAAGCUACUUGUGUUUCCAAUAGAGUACAUAUAAGUAGUAUCUAUUUUUUCCAUAUUUAUUUACUCUUUUUUCCUCUACCCACUGAUACAUACACUUUUGUCAAAGAGAUAACACGCAAGUGAAGAAGCUCACCAGUUCCUUCGUCACAUAUCGCCACAAAAUGAACAGUACAUUUCAGUGUAUGACGGACCGUGAUUGACUUUCGAGCUCGAGGAUCGGGAAUCUCCUGGUCCGUGACUCUCUGUGCAGUGAAGGAUUUAUCAGUGAAAGCCGAGGCCAGAGUCCUCGCCAAGUGAUCUAAUGUCGGUGUGCGUGACUUCAUCGGCGAACGGGGCCUCCAUGGCUCUGCCCCACUUACCCCUCGUGUCCUCAAUGAUGGGCCAGACACACCACGCAAUGGCGCCAGCGAAUCUCGCCGUGGACCAGCAAUCCUCUGACCACCCCAACCCCGACAUGCUCCUCGCCCUCAUCGCUCGCAACAAGGCCCUCGAAGCUACAAUCCCAAAGUGCGGUGGAUGCCAGGAAUUAAUUCUGGAUCGCUUCAUUCUCAAGGUGUCGGACAGAACGUGGCACGCCAAGUGCCUCCAAUGUAGUGAGUGCCAUGCGCAGUUGAAUGAGAGGUGCUUCGCGAAGAACGGACAACUCUUCUGCAAAGACGACUUUUUCAAACGCUAUGGCACCAAGUGCUCCUCCUGUGAUCUCGGCAUUCCGCCAACGCAAGUCGUGAGGCGGGUGCACGCCAACGUGUACCACAUGCAGUGCUUCGCGUGCGUGAUAUGCGCAAGGCAGCUCAACACAGGUGAUGAGUUUUACCUGAUGGAAGACAGGAAGUUACUAUGUAAGCCCGACUACGAGGCGGCCAAAACGAAGGGGGUGUACAUCGAUGGCUCACUGGAUGGGGAUCAGCCGAACAAGAGACCCAGAACUACCAUAACGGCCAAGCAGUUGGAGACACUCAAGAGUGCCUACAACAACAGUCCCAAACCCGCCAGGCAUGUGAGGGAGCAGCUGUCCCAAGAUACGGGAUUGGAUAUGAGGGUGGUGCAAGUUUGGUUUCAAAACAGGCGUGCUAAAGAAAAGCGAUUGAAGAAAGACGCGGGCCGAACGAGAUGGAGCCAGUAUUUCCGAUCAAUAAAGGGUGGUGGUUCGCCUAGGCAUGACAAACUCUUGGACAAAGACGAACUCAAGGUGGAUUUGGAUAGUUUCAGCCAUCAUGAUUUGAGCAAUGACAGCUACAGCACAGUCAAUAUGGGUCUUGAGGACGGAGCUUCACCACACAGCGGUCGAGGAUCCUAUGUCCACGGCAGUGGGAGUCCUCCGCCGUAUCUGUCCAGCCACUCACCUCCGCCCAUGGGACCAGGACACACCUACGCUUCUUACUCGGACAAUAUCGUCUACACACCGCUGGGUCAGCCGGUUAGUGGAAUUCUGCACAACUCCCACCAUGGACUCCAGGGUAGUGCCGUGUCCGAUCUCAGCAAUGACUCUAGUCCAGCUCACGCAUACCCUGAUUUCCCACCAAGCCCUGACUCUUGGCUCGGGGACUCUGCCAGCAAUGCUCCGGCCAUCAAUAGCACUUCACACUACUGAUA